AUGAGCGCGGGCUGGCCGCUGCGGCUGCCGCUGCUGCUGCUGCUGCUGGCCGGGCCCCCCGCGCGGCCCGCGCCCCCGACCUGCUACUCCAGGAUGCUGUCCCUGAGCCGGGAGGUCUCCGGUGACUUCCAGAGCCUGCAGGCAGCGGAGCCCCUGGACACGUGUGUGAGAUACCUGCCCAAGCUGUACCUGGAUAUACACAAUUACUGCGUGCUGGCCAAGCUGCGGGACUUUGUGGCCUCACCCCAGUGCUGGAGAAUGGCCCAGGUCGACGCCUUGAAGGACAAAGUGCGGAAGCUGUACACCAUCAUGAACUUGUACUGCAGGAGAGACUUGGCAUUCCUGUCAGAUGACUGCAGUGCCUUGGAACGCCCAGCCCCAGCGACCACGGCACUGCCAGGUCAUCAGAGCUGAGGCCACCGGACCAGAGAGGGACAAGAGGACAAGUCACGUCAGCGCCCAGACUCAACAAGCUGACGCCCCCCACCCCGUCUCUGUGUCGCCGCAGCAGGGCCCUCGAACCUUUUAAACGGGGGCCAGUUCACUGUCCCUCAGACCGUUGGAGGGCCGGACUAUAGUUAAAAAAAACUAUAAAGAAAUUCCU